ACAUUUGUGCCAGCAAAACUAAUGGACACGAAUAGAAAGUCUGCUGCAGCUUACAGCACAACUAAGCGUUGUUUAUGUUAUGUUAUCACUUAUAAUCAAUUUGUUAGUUAAGUUUUGGUUUGUAUGGGAGUCCAAUGUUAUUUCAGUUACUCAAAACACGUUUAAUUUGACCUCAGUAAAUGUGUACAUGUGAAAAGGUUAUAGUUUCUUCUAUUCGUAUUGGUGCAUGGAGGGAAAGGAAGACUUGUUACAAUUUUGAGAUUCAAAUUUAUUCGUUUAAAAAUGGCUUCACGUGCUGCUGUAGCGGUAACGUAGGGUUAAUCUACGGUACAUUAUUUUACAAUUAUAAAAGUGUUAACAGGGAGUCGCUGGUUUGAUCCACGUCAUUUCUUACAAUCGCAAAGACUAAGAAAAAAUUCUAAUGAGAAACAACAUGUCUUCAGAAACAGAAGGUAAUACACAGCCACUAGUGACAAUGAGUCCUGAAGAAAAGUUAAGUGAUGAUAAAAAGGAAUGUGAGGAAACCAGUGUACUGGAGGAUGUGGAAGUGACAGAGCUGAACUGGGAUCAAACAGGGCAGUCAGAGUCCAUCUCCAAAAGGCAAAUGAAGAAGCUAAUGAGACACAAGCAGUGGGAGGAACAGAGAGAUCUCCGCAAACAGAAGCGCAAGGAAAAGAAGAUAAAGAGAAAGCUGGAGCGCCUGACUCAGGGAGAGGAGGGUGCAGACUGUAGUGCUAAGAAACGCAUCAGGAAAGAGGUUGUGCACAGCCGUGCGCGGCUUGUCAUAGACUGCAGCUUUGACAGCCUGAUGGUGCUCAAGGAUGUGAAGAAGCUUCACAAACAGAUCCAGAGGUGCUAUGCUGAAAACCGUAGGGCUCUGCACCCUGUCCAGUUUUUUUUAACUAGUCACGGUGGACAGUUAAAGCAGAACAUGGAUGAAAAUGAUAAAGGAUGGGUGAACUGGAAGGACAUCCAUGUGAAGUCGGAGCACUACAACGAUGUCCUGAAGAAAGACGAGCUUGUAUAUUUGACCUCUGACUCCCCCAAUGUGCUGAAUGAGCUUGAUGAGACAAAGGCAUACAUUAUAGGAGGCCUCGUCGAUCACAAUCACCACAAGGGGAUUACCUACCAACGAGCCACGGAGCUAGGGAUUGAGCAUGCACAGCUUCCUCUUGGGAACUUUGUGAAAAUGAACAGCCGGAAAGUGUUGGCCGUUAACCAUGUAUUUGAGAUAAUCCUUGCGUACCUGGAGAAGAGAGACUGGAAGGAGGCGUUUUUCACCAUCCUGCCUCAGAGGAAAGGGGCAGUUCCAGUAGGACAGGAAGAAGGCACUCCCGAGGUAACAAAACCAGAGAAAGAAGUGACUGAUGGGGGACAAGAUUCAGAUAGCGACUCAGAAACUGGAGAGACAAUCGAGCAGAACACAGCUGUGCAAGAUGAGCACAUACACAAAGACAAGAAAGACUUGGGUGCUAGAGACAAUUCAAACGAGCCAACUGAAGGAGGAAAUUCAACGUAGCCCACCUGGGGAAAAAAACAAAGGCUUUUUAAAUGUACUUUAAUGUCCGCAUAGAGUUGGGUGUUGUGCUUUUCAAAUAAAUACUGUACAUGGUUAUUGCUCAAAAAUCUAACCAUACAUGGUGCAGUUACAUACAAGAUGGCGGCAUAGAAAUUGUGCAUUGUACAACGAAGUUCAUAGUUACAGUGCUGUGAUCCACAUUGAAUGUAAAUUCACAUAUGCCAGUUUGUUGUAUCAUGUUUGCCAUGCCUCCCCCUCUCUUUGUGAAAAUAAACUUAUACAGUAUAUGAAAUGCUAUAAAAGCCCACAGCUUACCAACAUAAUGUUAAUCUAA